UUCAAUCUGUCUUCCUGCCACUGAGUUUAAUGUUCCACUAUGAGGUGCUUCCAUUGGUGACGUGUUGUGUACGGUCUGGCUUUGUGUAUCCAUAAAUGGUCAUCUACGUCACAUAAAUGUUCCGUCCCCCUAUUUAAUACCAACAAGCGCUGGAGUUCCCUAUCCGAGCAAUACAAAGCAGCGCUAGACUUGUACAACCACCACCACCGUUUCAUUGAUUCACAGACUUUAAUCUCCCAACAAGCAUACAAACAGGUCUCAUUGUAAUUAGAUUAAUAACAUCUGUCUUGGACAAUUCAGCUCAACUGUAGGCUAUCACAACGGAGAGAUACCAACGCUGUCUCUGAACUUGGAUACAACAUCUAGGAUUUUUUUCCUUCACUCUCUAACCCUUAUAGAUCAUCUCCUACUGUGUUUUCUAUUUGAAAGCACGGUUGGUGAUCUAUUCGGACACCAUUAAGUUGCCAUUUAUGUCAGACUAAAUAACUGCUAUGACAGGGAAACUAGCGGACAAGCUCCCUCUUACCAUGAGCAGUUUAAUAAACACGAUUCCUGACAGUCUUUACCCAGAAGAGGACAUUCCGACGUCUAUGAACAUUUUCACUAACACGGAUUCUAUAAACCACUACUCGCAAAUGAAUACAGAUAAUAUCAUGGAUCUGGGGAUGGGAAGUGAGAAGGGAAGUGCUGAGAUUCAGUACGGUUCCAGCUUCCAGUCCAACCGAAGCGGGCAAACCGUGACCUAUCUCGGGAAGUUUGCCUUCGACACUCCUCCAUCGGGUGGAAUCGGAGGCUCCGGCUGGUGUUCAGACAACAAUAUAAUUAGUUUAGUAAGUGCUGGGAUCCUUGGCGUCUCCCCAUCACCUGGCACUAUCACCACACAGACAUCGUCCUCUGGAGCCAGCAUGGGCGGCCAGUCUUCAGACAUGGAGCAGGUGUACGGUACGCCACUGCCUGCCUAUUCCACCUGCAGCGACCUGUACCAGGACCAGGUCUCUUUCCAUCACAGCCCUGCCACAAGCACCUCCCUUGGCUACCCCGGCAAUGAUUACCACACCACCUCCAAGCCCUCGAUGGAUGGGAGCCUUUUCUCCAUGAUCCCAGACUACAACCUCUUCCACCAUCAGGGUGAGGUUGGUGUGAUGGAGCAUAAGCCCUUCCAGUCAAUGGACCCCAUUCGCGUCAACCCCCCACCCAUAACGCCACUGGAGACCAUAAGAGCAUUCAAAGACAAGCAGCAGAUUCAUCCAGGAUUCAUGGCCGGACAGCAGCAUGCUACUCAGCACCACCAGCCACCACAAACACUGACGCUCAAACCUAUUCGACCGCGAAAGUACCCAAACCGGCCGAGCAAAACCCCUGUGCAUGAGCGGCCACACGCCUGUCCAGCAGAAAACUGUGACCGACGCUUCUCCCGGUCAGACGAACUGACGCGCCACCUCCGCAUCCACACCGGUCACAAACCCUUCCAAUGCCGCAUAUGCAUGCGGUCCUUCAGCCGAAGUGACCACCUGACCACCCACAUCCGCACUCACACAGGCGAGAAGCCCUUCUCCUGUGAGUUCUGUGGACGCAAGUUUGCCCGGAGUGACGAGCGCAAGAGGCAUGCCAAAGUUCACCUCAAGCAGAAGGACAAGAAGCCUGGCGACAAGGGGAGUGGGGCAACUGGAAGCCACAGCUCACCCUCCAGUUCCUUUGGUGGCAGUGGGGGGCCCAGCAGUGGCAACAUCAUGACUGUAACUACAUGUGCUUAGGAUGCACUUUUAACCUACCGUAACACUGGGGAGGGAUCCUAUCCAUAAGGAGACAAAUAGGUGACUCUCUCUCUCUCUGUCUCUUACAAUCCAACUCUUCUCAUUUAUUUUCAGGUAAUAUUUCCCUCUUCUAUUUAGAGAUGGACUUGUUUAGUUGUAAGAGUAGGGAAAGAGGACAUGAUAUGGGAGGGUGCAGCAACUGUCUCAUUGUGGCACUGGCUGUCUGAGAGGAAAUUGCAUAUCUUUGAAAAUUUAAUUCAAGUUUCUGAAUUCAUCAUGUCUUGUGUUUUCUGAGAAAUUCACCAAACAUUUUAUUAGUAAUUGUUUUUCACAAUUGGGUUGAGUCUGAAUUUCAACUGGGCGUAGAUGAGCUGUGUUGGGAUGUAUGCAUUUAUUUCAUCUGGUUGUUUAAACGUGCAAUUGGUUGUAUUUGUGUACUGUUGUUGAUACCUUAUUUGCUGCACUUUUUUUGUUGAAAAAGUAUAUAUUUUUUAUAUUUAAUAGUUUUUUUAUUGUUUCUCAACAGAAUGUGCCAAACAUAUUGGAAUAAUACAGCUAAAUAGUCCUUGAAAUUAACCAAAAUUUACAAAAACAUUUUCCAACAUUGAUUUUAGGCAGAUUGGUAGCCACAAAAUAAAAACAAAACUUUCUGCAUUUAUAAGUAUCUAAGUUCAAGAUCAAUGGGUCAAAGCCUUUUUCUAUAAGCUCAAAACAUCUGCAUAUUAAAAACAUCAGGAAUCAUCAGCUUGGUCCAUGCAAUACUGAUACUAUGUUCAAUGUAUCAGUCUUUAAUGGUAAUCUAUUGAUGUAUGAUGCACACUGAAUGAAAUGGAUUCCAACAUUAGUGAUGAAUCUUCAUAAACCAAUGAUACAUUUUCAAAAUGUUUACUACAAAUUGUUCACUAUCAAACAACAACUAAACAAAUCAAUGAAAGAAAGCUUAUUAAUAUGGCCA